GAGAGCACCUGUUAGCUGAUUACGGGUUUGCUGUGCAGGAGGCCGCGGAGAGGACGGAAAAGGAGAUAAUUUUGGAUGAAUCUGUGAAAGCGGAAAGCGAUUUAUAAGACUUAAAGUAUAACCUUAUUCGCUGGUUAUUGUAUCAGUAUGAUACAACACAUGGAAAAGUCAGAAUUUGACUCUCAGUUACAGAGUAAUACAUCCAACUCGGAGCAUGGCAGCAACUCGAGUCAGGGGGAAGGGAAUGACGAAGCUUCAACCUCUGUUAAUGAGAUGCAGUACCCUCCAGAUGUGAAGUCUGGCUUUGAUGAGCUGUGUCCAGUAUGUGGAGAUAAGGUGUCUGGCUAUCACUAUGGUCUUCUGACCUGUGAAAGUUGUAAAGGAUUUUUCAAAAGAACAGUACAGAACAAGAAAGUGUAUUCAUGUGUUGAUAAUAGAAGCUGUCACAUCGACAAAAGCCAGAGGAAACGAUGUCCCUUCUGUAGAUUUCAAAAAUGUCUGAGUGUUGGGAUGAAGCUAGAGGCAGUCAGGCAGGAUAGAAUGCGAGGAGGAAGGAACAAGUUUGGCCCAAUGUACAAACGUGAUAGAGCACUGAAACAACAGGUGGCAAGGCAGCAGCACCAUCUAAUGGCAUCUUGUGGCAUGCACCUAAUGAAUGGAAUGGCCCCUCUCCCUCCCUCCUCCGAGGACAUUAAACCCGACCCAGCAAUCCUACAGCAAAUGGCUGCCAGUAUCAAUGCAAACAUGGGUGGUUACGGGAUGAACCACUCUCCUCUCUCUGGCAUGCCCUCCCCUGCAAUGCCCGACUCUCCCCCUACAGAUCUAAGUCGGGUGUCGGGCAUGUCCCAGCAUUCCCCAGUGUCCUCUCCUCCAGGGCACUACUCCUCCCUGUCGCAGCAGACCUACCCUUCCAUGAUGACAGCAUUAAGGAACAACUACAGUCCAUCACAGCAUCAUUCUCAACACCACCCCCACUCCCAUCACCAGCCCAUUCACCCUCCCCAUCACCAUCAGCACCACCACUCGCAACAACCCCACCACCACCAGAUGUCACCGAUGGCUGCAGCGCCACCUAUCGUGCCAAUCGUGCCUCAAUUGAUUAUAGACAUGAAAGCAAAUUUGACUGACGAAAACGAAAUAUGUCAGAAACUUUUCUCAUUUGUGCAAACUCAGUAUGGCCAUGAGGACGUAGUCAACCAACCACUUAAACUAUUGCAAAUGAUAUGCAAAUUGUCUGACCAGUUGUUAUUCCUCAUGGUAGAAUGGGCAAGGACGUCAGUGUAUUUCAAGGAAUUCAAGGUUGAGGAUCAGAUGAAAAUGUUACAGCACAGCUGGAGUGAGAUACUCAUCCUCGACUUAGUUCAUCGGCUAGUCAGGGAAAUCUGGUCAGGGGAAGUAACUCUAGAGAGUGGACAGAAACUAGCAUUGGAUUGCCUGGAUAAACUUGGCCUAGCAGAUGCAAAAGAUCGUAUCCGAGACCUCAUUCGCAAGAUGAGAGACCUAAAAAUAGAUGUUAACGAAUACCUGUGCCUCAAGUACCUUAUCCUUUUAAAUCCAGAUGUGCCAGGUCUUGAGAAUCGUCACCAUGUGGAACAGUGCCAAGAAAGAGUCAAUGCAGCAUUGAUGGAAUACUGUGUAAACUUCUAUCCAAGUGUCAAGGACAAAUUUGGACAGGUGUUGCUACGGUUACCGGAAGUGCGACUUAUCAGUAUUCGUGCAGAAGAGUUCUUGUACUUCAAACAUUUAAAUGGAGAGCUUCCGGAACAGACACUUUUAAUAGAAAUGCUACACUCCAAGAAAAAAUGAUUUCUCCUGUGUUUAGGCUAGAUGUCUGUAUGUCGAAUAGUUUAUGUAUAUCAAGAUUUUUACCUUUAGUCAUAUGAUAAUGAACAUUGUUUGUGAUGUCAGAAUAUGUGUUUGUACUGCAGCAACGUAUUUGUUUGUAAAUACUGGCACAAAUAUUUCAACUAGUGUUGAAUACCUAUAGACUCCCAAAUAGGUCAGUAUUCAGAUUGUUGAAACCUCAUACAAGUGAUAAGAUCUACUGCAGUUUUUCAAAGUGCUUGCGAUAGGUCUAGUGACAAAAUCCAUUGUUGAUUACUUGUGUUAUAUUUGAAAAUAGACAAAUACUUAAUCAAAAUCUAAAUAUGAAGAUCAACAUAAAGAGUGCUAAUCUUUGUUUAGAGGAAAUGUAUAUGUUACUGAUAACUAUUUAUUUAUUGACAUUUUUUUUAAAUGUCACUGUUUUUUGUUUGUUUUUUUUGUUGUUUGUUUCUUUUUUUUAAUCUGACAUAUUUCUCUCAAUUUUCACUUCUUUGCAGUCAUCAAUUAUUUUGAUCUUUUAAAUAAUCAGCCUUGACUUGAAAAAUUUUGAAGUUUAAGAAAAAAUGUUUGAUUUUUAGGUAAUAAAGUGAGUUAAUAUGUUUGGAGAAAAAAAACUUGAUAGUUUGCAUCCAUAUAUAAUCAAAAGGUCAGUUUUAUUUCAUAAAUUUGAAGCUUAAUAUUCAGCGAGUACUUGAUUUGAUUACAGUAGUGAAAAACUGUAUGGUACUAAUUGUUAAUUUAAACUGCUGAAUAGCAUUUAUAUUUUCAAAUGCCUUAGCUGCUGACAUUUUUAUUCAGAAAUUUUUAAUUGUUGGGUGGUAAUCUAGUUAAUCUGUUUGCUUCUCCUUAAGUCUUUUUUAUGUAACUAUUAUUAAUUUUUUUUUUUUUUUUAUUAUUAUUAUUAUUUUUAUUAGUUAUUCAGAAAUCAUCCCUAAAUCCAUCAAAUUUCAGUCUGUCUUUUGUUAAAAUUGCUGAAUAGUCCUUCAGUCAGCAUUAUUAAUUAUUUAUUUGAUUUUGUUAAUUUGAUGAAUAUUGGUACAGAUCUAUAUAUUUAUUGGCAACAUAUUCAAAUGUGAAUAUGUCAGAUGAAAUUUGCAUACAUAGAUGAUUUUUUUUUAUUUUUGAAAAUUGCAGUAUAAUGAUGUCGGACAGAUUUAUAAUGAUCAACAGACAAUAACUAUUCAUGUAUCUGGUUUAUCAUCCCGUCUUCAAUGUGGAUGCAAGCCAAAGGGUGCAUAUAUGUAACACAUCAGGGAGAGACAGUUAUCAAAAAUGCCUGGCCCCCUUUCUGUCCCCACUGUAAACCCCUACUAUAAGGUAGUAUAUGUAGUGUAGUGACGAGGGGACUUGUGGGGCUAGGUAGCUACCCAGGUAAAGCAAUACAGACUAUCAGAGUAUAGGGAAUACACAUCUGGUUAUUUUUUGUUCUCAUACAGGUUAUUUGUGUGAUUGAAUAUGGUAUAUACAUCGACAGAAUAUUAAAAAGGUACUCAAUUAUUUGUUGAAACCUGCUAUAGGGCAAAUUGUGAUGAAGAUAUUAAAGUAUGUUUCAAUUUCAAAAAUCUUCUUUUUUUAAUUUUUUUUUCUUAAUCUGAUUUAAUAAGAAUUGCAAAUGAAUAAUUUUUUAUUUGUGAAUUUAAUGUGUACGAGUUGGUAGUGAGAAUUUUUAAGUGUCUACUGAUGCAUGAUGGAAUAUGUAUUGUUUAAUAGUGCUUGUUCUAAUUGUGCUUCUUUAUUCAAAGUUAAUUAUGUGUGUAUUAUUGAUAUUUCUAUUGUUGGUAUCAAUGAAUUUUUGUGUACUUAAUAUUUUGAAAAUCUAAAUUUCUGUUAGAAGGUGAAUGUAUUAUCAAAUUGCACAGUUUCUUCCACGCCAGGAGCGUUUGCACUGUAAUUAAAAUUCAUGAUACAAAAGUACAGAUAAUUGCAUUGCACUCUUCAAUAUUGUUUAAUUCAAAAACAUUCCAAAUUUGGUAGAAAAAUAUGUUUAACUCUAAAUAUUACUACUUUAUUUAUUGUUAAAGCUUCUCUUUUCUCAGAAUUAUACAGAAGUUUAUGCAACUUGAUUUCAAUUACAGGUAUAUUUAAUGUGGUUUCAUGUAUAUUUUCAGAAUUAUGCACUUCUGAUAUCAUCGUUUUUAGCAGCUGCAGUUUUGGCGUUCUUCUUAAAUCUAUUCUUUGAACAGAUAAGUGUAGUAUUGAGAUGUUAAAUGCCAAAAUACUAACUUUUUUUAGCACAAUGGUUUUAUAUAUGAGAUAAUUAUGAUGUAUUUUAGAUGCAUACAGUUUUUCUUUAAAAUGUCCAUUAGCUAUUUUAAAUUGAAAUCCAUGGACUUUUUUAUUAGAAAAAAGAAGUUUUGCAAAAAAGGUUAAAGAUUGGUCUAUUAAAAUGGCAUAUAGUUUGCCUGAUAAGGGGAAGUAAUUUUACCAGAUAUUCUUUGGAAGUAUUCUUGUUGUGAUAAUUCUAUGCUCGUGUGUAUAUACCCCAGUAUUUUUACUAUGCUACAGUGCUAUUGUUUACUUGAUGUUUUAAGGGAAUGUGCCAUUUUUACGAAAUAAGUGCAUGUUGUUAAUGUUCAUGUAAAGUCGAUGCACCUUGACAAUUUUUUAGUGGUGAAUUGAUAACUUUUAAGUAUACAUGAUUUCUACUAUUUGUGAGUGCUUAAUAAAACCAUUGAGUCAUUAAAUAUAAAGAUUUAGAUUGAAAUAAUAUAUAUUUUUCCUCUGUGUUUUUAACCUAUUUUGUUUCAUUUAGAAACCUAUUUGAAUCAGAAAGGCAUGGAGUUGUCUUGAUAGUGCUGUUGUCAUUUGUAAACUUGAUCUUGCUCUUAUUUUGAUGUUUCAUUAAUCUUGCUUGGAUAUCAAACGUUUCCGUUUUGGUUCUAAAGAGUUUAAGUCUAUUGUUGGUGUUUUUAUCGUUAAUCAUGUUUUCUUGAUUUUAAAAGAAAUUUUGCUUUACAGACAAAAGAGAUGGAAAAGAAAUAUAGUACUUUCAUGGUCUGUUGUAGAUCUAUUUUUGGCCAAUUAGCUGUUCAUGUUAAUGUGCCGUUUUUUAAGGAUGACCAGAUAUUGUAUAUCAGCAUUUAGCCUUUGUCUUUAUAUUCAUGCAUGUUUGGCAGUAUUUAAGCAUUCUACUGUGAACUCUUCAGCACUGUCUCGCUGUUUUAGGUUAUUAUAACCAGCAAAAGCAAGCGCCCACAUUCAUCAUUUGGUACCUAUUUUGUAAACUUUAUAUAGUAUGUUCCAGACUUUAUUUCAAAACUUUAAUUGUGGACCUUCAAAUUUUGCUAAGGGAUUGUUGAAAAGUGUAUCUAAAGACGUUAUAAAAAGAAAUAAGAUUUCAUUUCAUUAUUUAAGCAUUCUAUUUGUGGAAACAUAUCCGGCAGCUAACUUCUGGUAUUUAUACACUAACUGUGAUUUGUACUAACUCCUGAUCAUAUUUUGAAAGAGAUGCUACUGAAAAUUUAAUCAGAUGGGGAAAAAAUGUGAUUGUUCAUUUCAUUUAAAUGACUCGGCAAUAUUUUUUCAGAAAUGUAAAAAUAUAAGGUUGUAACACUAAAUAUCAGAAAAUUCUUAGGAAACAUGGGGGUCUGAGCUUUCAAUCAAAUUAUUUUGUUUCGUUACGUAUUGAUCAUGUGUUUGUCCUACAAAAACCAAGCUCAUUUACCAAGAAGAGUAUGACGUUGUUGAUAUGGUGUGAUGGAGGCCAAUAUCCUUAUGUUGAAUGUUGGGUCACAAAAGAAUAGAUGUUGAAGCCUACAGACUGUAUGUAUAUAUAAAUAUAUAAGAGUUGUUGGGUAUGGAGGAGAGAACAUUACUAUUUUUAAACAGGUGUUUUUAUUUAACACUAACAUGUAGAUAUAGCUCUCACCUACCUGUAUACUUAAUUUUUAAUAUUUAUUUAAUUACAAAUUUAACCAUUAAAUCAUAUCAACGAUGAAAAUGCAUUUUCAAGUAUUGACCAUGAACAUUGUUUUAAUAUUAAGCAUUAUAUUUCAAAUUUCCUAGUUUGUAGUAAUAUGUGCAUGGUCUCAUUCUUUUACAAAGUCAUCGGAAUAAGGGUUCCACGGGAAGGUCAUGAACACAGCAAAAUUCAAUCAUAUCGAAAAAGUAUAUAUUGUAUUAACCUAAGAGUAUCAAACGCACAAUUAUACUGUAACAUUGUAUUUAAGAUUCCCUUAAUUGCUAAAUGACUUUCAACUGAUUAUUUAUGGGUCGAUUCGGCAGUUUUUUUCUUAAUCAAUCCGCCGAAGAUUAUUUAAUGUAACUAAUUGCCGAAUUGACAAAUUACUUUUUUAACCAAUCCGUUAAACCAAGUACAGAAAUACUGUAUAUUUGGAUUAGCUUAGUAAAUACACUUUUUAGAGAUAUCAUUAGAAGACCUAUGCAUGUGUUCUCCAUAACACUCUGGGGACUUACCUAGUAUCUGAAGUUGACGUUAUGUAAACGAGACGGCUGAUCAUGUGAUUGAUUGGACUAUAGACCGGGCUAUUCACCGGGAGAUGAGAGGGCGAGAAUGGAAGAAGUGACUGGUGCUGGUGUAAGAAAGUAUGGAAGGAGAGUUGGAAAUUGUCGUUUUAUGGAAGGAUAGUUGGAAAUUGUCGUUUUAACUAGUUUUUAAUCGUUUUUUCACAGAAAAUGUUAUUAAAAGUGCUGCCGAUUAUUUUGACAAUGCCCCUGUUUAUGUCCAGAUUACUCCGCACACAUGAACACCUCCCAAUAUUUGUGAGUACCGUUGAUGUUACCGUUUACAUGGUUGUACGAAAGUACAGAUAUUUUAAUAUGUAUUGGUCUUUGUCUGGGCCUCACCAGACAUGAAAUAAAAAAUGAAAAUUA